GCGUAAGGACGUCACGGGGCCACGCUCUGUUGCCCGUUUUCCUUUGUUAUAAGUGAGAAGUCCGUUGAAUUCUAAAUCGGCAUCAAGAGUUCGCUUGAUUUCUGCUGGCGAAGUGAUUUUUUGACGCUUUUCACUCUUCUUUUGUUUUGUUUUGUUUUUGUUUUUGUAUAUACAUUCUUAAAUUUAAAUAACUUUUAAUCGGUAGAUAAGGAUUUGUGUUAACGAAGUUUUCGGACAGUGAUGUGUGGUGACGCAGUGAUAUGAAUAAGGCAUAUAAAUAUAGUAUAAUCUGCUUUAUUAGAUAUACUUUCCUUUCAUUUUACUUAACCACAAGAAAAUAAAAUAGAGUAAAAAAGUGUUAACAAAGUUGCGGCUCUCUGUGAACAUGACGGCCCGGAAACCAACACCGCCAAAGAAUUGACAGAAAACUUAAGUAUUCAUUCCGCUGACACUUGCUCGUAGUUUUCAAAAGGGGCCCUCGACACUCCUCUACGAUGUCCAGACACCUAGCGCUCUUACAUUUCAUCCUUUACUUUGUUUACAGUCUUCCAAGUACGCGAGGUCGCCAGGUGGAGGACACGUCGGACCAACAUCAGAUCACAUGGGGUCGACCGAACUCCAACAUGGCGUACUUUGCAGACACCACACUGGUCAACAUAACAGCUGUGGAUGGGCAGCAGACGAGACUUCCCUGUCGUGUCCUCAACCUGGAUAAGAGAGAUGUGUCCUGGAUACGACAGCGGGAUCUGCACAUCUUGACCGUGGGGAUUCUUACCUAUACUAGUGAUGACAGGUUUCAGGUUUACCACCCAGAGAACAGUGAGGAGUGGCACUUGGACAUCAACCCAGUCACUUUCAGAGACUCCGGGAUUUAUGAAUGCCAAGUAUCCACGAGUCCAAAGAUCUUCCUACCUGUCCGCUUGAAUGUAGAGGCAGUUCAGCAAGCGAAGAUCCUCGGGCCGAAGGAGAUCUACAUCCAGAACGGCUCAACCAUUAAACUGACCUGUAUCGUCAGCACGCACUCUGAGAAUUCCGGGACGGUGAUUUGGUAUCGCGACACCACGGAGCUGGACUAUGAUUCUCCGAGGGGCGGCGUCAGCGUGGAGAUCGAGAAGACGCCUUCGAAGACCACUUCCAAGCUCUUCCUGACGAGGGCAGUGAAGGGGGACUCGGGAAACUACACUUGUGCUCCAGAGUUCGCUGAAGCGGCUUAUAUCCUUGUCCACGUGGUCAAUGGCGAGGAGUCUGCGGCGGUGCAUACGGCGGGCAGCAGCACCGCCAGGAGCGAAGUGCAGGUUCUCGUCAUCGUCCUUCUAGUGCUUCUGCUGAGUCAGGCUGCUCGGUGACCCACUCGCCUGUGCACUUGAGGAGCAGCCGAGGGGAGGGAGGCGUCGGCGCGGCCCUCGCUGGCUCUUCCUCGAGCGUCCGGCGCAGAGUACAAACCCGUCCUUCACGCAGCCCGGACACCCCCCCAACCCCCCGAGCGGCGUCCAUUUCGGGAUCUUCAGUGAUAGUGUUAAGGUAAAAGUCCUUCGGUGUAAGCUCCGUUUUUUGAGGGAUUUUUUUCUCAUUUUCUCAGCUGGAAGUAAAUUUUUGUGGGACUAAGAAAACCAUGGAGUUUAAUGUCACUACAUGUUCAUACCACGUGUUGCUAUGUAAUAUUAUAGAUUUUUUUCAGAAAAAAAAACUAUUAGGAUUAUGUAUAAAGAUCGAUGAUGAAUUUAUAUUUGUAAAUUAUACGUAAUAAAAAAGAAGCGAAAAAAAAAAUAUAUAAUUUGCUACGUCUCUCCACCUCAAAUGCUAUGUCGAAAAGUGAAAAUCUAUAAAUGUGUACAGAGGGAUUCCAGUUCUUUUAUAUUGGUGUUUUCGUGUCUCAUAGAUCUUCAGACAAACUCUUUCUCUGCGUGCCAUAUACAAGAUAGAAAGUGCUGAUACAUCCCCUCUAUAGACCCAUAAUAUCGUUGAUUUUUUUUCUACAUUCAACCUGCUGUGUAUUGUUGAUAUAAGUUCUGUGUUCAUUCAUUACAGACAUCAGCUGUUCAAUGUCAUCCAUAAGCUCCAUAUGCUGUUGGUACACGAUCAGUCAUAUAUAUAUUAAAAAUGUUACUAGAACUACACACUAACUGAGCUUUACAUGACACACACUGGUAAUAAUAAUCCGUGUUGCAGUUAUAUCCAUCUCCCUCAGACUCAGACGUAAACAGGCACUCCUCUGCACUCCCAUCCACUCAUCUGGCACUGCUUAAGAACAGCAUUCAGAAAUUUGCUUCGUCGUGAACACUUUCAUUCCAUCCUUGAUAA